AUGACAUCUCCUUGGACGUCACUAGAUUCUUCCCCAGGCCAACGCGUUUUCUUUCGUCCACUUGGAACAACUGAAUCAUCAUUCUAUUGGGAUAGCGUUUUUAACAGCACAGCAGACAUCGUAGGCCACGUACACCUUCGCACCACGCAAUCAAAUGACUCAGACAUCCAUUCGCAUCCGAAUGUCAUGCGUUCUUGGGCAUCUGUCAAAAGACGCUUUCCCCUUCUUGCGGCCGAAGUGCAAGAAUAUGAAUCUGGUUCACGCUUCAUUCUGCGUGAAGAAGCGGUCGCAAAUCUUCGGCCUGAUGAUGUCACAUUCAAGGAGGUCAAUUCGCUUCACCAUGUUGAAUGCUUCAUAAACGAUAUCAUGGAUGGACAGCGGCUUCUUUCAUCUCAGUUACUUGCUCGCAUUUACAUUCUGCGCCGAACAGACAGGCAUGAUCAUUUCCACAUCGUGAUUAUCGUCGCUCACUGCGUCACGGAUGCCCCGUCCACUAGCACAGUUGUCAGGACGUUCUUAGACACGCUGUCAUCUCGGAUUGAACCACCGUACAUUCCUCUGGGCGAAAGAGUGCAUACGUAUCAGCCCUUAGAGAGUCGUUUGAGUUAUGGGGAUCUUCCGCUUGUCAAACGACGAUGGAGGCGGGCUUUAGGCCAUGCAAUCCUCACAGUGUGGAUGUCCAAAUUCAAGGGUGGUCAAACGCUCCCUGGAAACUUCAGGCAAUCCACAUUUCGUACACCUGCGAAAUCACGCAGCCAUGUCUCUAUUUUUUCUAGCAAAGUGUCUUCCAUCAUUCUCUCCAAUUGCCGUCGCCAUAACAUCACCAUGAACAAUGCGUGCUAUGCUCUGAGCCAAGUGGCUUUGGCACGCGUUCUAUGCCGACGGUACCUCAGGGGCCAGAUCUUGGAAGAAGAAUGGGAAUACAGGAAGCGCCAACCCAUGCAUUUCACGGGGGGGCUAAACUUGCGCCCGUACCAAGACAUGGACUGGUUUCAGACGGGCGGCUCGGGCGAUGUCGGUAUCAACAUCAGCUUCUUCUGGUAUAACCUUCCGUUCAUGCCCCUUGGUGAGAUGUCUAAAGGGGAUGCAAGCAAGCUGGAACUUGUCGAUGGGGCACCGGACUUCCCGGCGCUCAUGUCUUUCGACCGGUUUCUUCUUCGGUGCGCUAAUGUGAAGGCACAAGCUCAGAAAGUCUUCAAGCACCCCCGGUUCGUUGACAUUUGCACCGCUGGACACGAUCGAGUUGCUUCAACGAGGGAAGUUGCUUUGAAGUGGCUAGAGAUGAACGAUGGCGGUCUCCCGGAGGAUGACCAUGAAGGUAUAAUGCCCGUUCAGUCUUUAAACCCCAUUAUCACACAAAUAGGAUCCACCUUGGGCAAUAUGGAGACCGUGAUACCACUGUACUAUCCUCUGCCUCUCGACCAGGAGCUGUCACCACUGCGUAGUACGACCCAUCCCCAUCUGGCCGGUUAUCCAGCAUGGUCGCCCCCUACUGAUGCCAUCGAGGAUGCCAAAAUACCACGACUCCAUAUUGAGCACUGGCGCGCCCAUAUUCAUGCGCAUCCUGGGGAAUUCUAUCUUGCUGCAACAUUUGCACACCAGCAGCUGCAAUAUUUUACUUCCUACGACCAGCACGUUUUCAGCGAGGAGACCGUACAGGAGUGGAUGCGUGAGCUCAAGGAUGCGACGCUGUGGUAUCUGGGCCAGCCUCACGGCGAUGAAAUGCCCUUGCAGAGUAAACUAUGA